GUACAUAACCAAUGACAUGGCUCCCUCGCGAUGAGCUGGCAUUUCUCCCGGAAGUAGGAAGUGUUGACUCCAUAACAAGCCUCAAUCCCCAAGCUGUAAAAGGGCUUGAACACUCGUAUCACAUUUGAUUAUUACUUAUUAGCGAGUAUUAGUGAUACUACUGCAGAGUGAUGAGUCUCCAGUGGACCGCAGUGGCCACCUUCUUGUAUGUGGAGGUCUUCUUGGUGCUCCUCCUUUGCAUCCCCUUCAUUUCCGCAAAGAGGUGGAACAGCAUCUUUCGAUCCCGGCUAGUCCAAACCAUCGCCUUAUAUGGCAACACUUCCUUCUUGGUGGCCAUGGCCAUCCUCGUCUUCCUGCUCGUCGAUGCCUUCCGCGAGGUGAGGAAGUACAGUGUGACCGAGAAGGUGGACCUGACCAACAAUCCCACCGCCAUUGAGCACAUUCACAUGAAGCUGUUCCGAGCGCAGAGGAAUCUCUACAUCGCUGGAUUUGCACUCCUGCUUUGCCUGUUGCUGCGUCGCCUGGCCACUCUUCUUUCCCAGCAGGCCUCCCUGAUGGCGUCCAACGAGGCCUUCAAGAAGCAGGCGGAGGGCGCCAGCAACGCCGCCAAGAGCUUCAUCGAUGAAAAUGAAAUGCUGCAAGAAAAACUCCGAGAAGCCGGUCUGGAGGUGCCGGAGGCGGGAAAGAAAGGAGGCGGAGUCCAGCAAGAGAACAAGACUCUGAAGGAGGAAGUGAAGAGCUUGACGGAGGAACUGGAAGCCGCCAAGAAAGCUCUCCGCAAGAGUGACGGCGACGUUUCUGCCAUGAAGAAACAGGCCGCCAACUUGACGCUGGAAUAUGACCGACUGCUGGAGGAGCACAGCAAACUCCUGGCUAGUGGUGACAAGAAGUCCGACUGAGGAUGACGAAGACGGACGCUCUUCAUAUUUAUGGGCCUGCUUUGCGGUGUGAUGUUAUGUCCUGUUGCCGCCUCAAAGUUGUUUUUUGUUUGUUUUGUCUUUGUUUUCUUUCAAAUAUGAGGUCAUAUUCCUGUUAUUGAAGGUCCCAAAAAAAACCCUCCAAUAACAAACAAACAAGUCGGGGUUGCACAAAAAGGGCACCAGCCAAGCGGCCCGUCGACUCGACAGGUGUUUCGCUCUCUCGGCUUUCACGUAGCCUUUAGCAUCAACUGUUAGCCGCGCUCGUUUCUGUGACGCUUUUGGGUGACUUGUGUGUCACAUUGCCAUGGAAACCGCAAACACAACCUGUAAUGUGUCACCGCCAAUACACAACUUGACACAAA